CUGGGCGACCUCCGCGGCGCGGCCCCGCUCCACUUCCCGCACGUCUGCGCCCUCUGCGACAAGAAGGUCUUCGAUCUGAAGGACUGGGAUCAGCACAUUAAGGGAAGUCUUCACAUCCAAAAAUGUAUGGCUUUUUCAGAUAACACUGCUGUCCGGUGUAUGUUAAGCUCAUCAGAUGGAACAUUGCAUUUAUCACCAAAUAAUGCAGCAGUUUUCAAUCCAUCUAGUAUCGAAGAUUAUCCACCAAAUGUCGGCGCAUCGUUUAUCACUACACCAGCAAGAUCCUUUGGCCAACCAGGUCCUACGUUUCCUUCUCCUCCAUCAGGGUUUCCCCAGAGGAAAUCUGCACUGGGUCGAGUUGUUCACAUCUGCAACCUCCCCGAGGGAAGCUGCACAGAGAAUGAUGUCAUUAACCUGGGCCUCCCAUUUGGAAAGGUCACCAACUAUAUCCUCAUGAAAUCCACCAAUCAGGCCUUUCUGGAGAUGGCUUACAGUGAAGCAGCCCAAGCCAUGGUACAGUACUACAAAGAAAAACCUGCUAUGAUAAAUGAUGACAAGUUGCUUAUUAGGAUGUCUAAAAGAUACAAGGAAUUGCAGCUGAAGAAACCAGGUAAGAAUGUGGCUGCCAUAAUCCAGGACAUCCACUCACAGAGGGAGAGGGACCUGCUGCGUGAAGUAGACAGGUAUGGCUCGGACAGGCCGCGCUCUCGCAGCCCCAUAAACCGCUCCCUGUCGCCCCGGUCCCACACUCCCAGCUUUACCUCCUGCAGUUCACCACACAGCCCCAUGGGCACCAGCAGGACUGACUGGGGAAACGGGAGAGAGCCAUGGGAUCAGUCCUCGUAUUCUCGACGGGAGGAGGAGAGAGACAGCAGAGAAUGGCGAGAGAAUGGGGAUGAGAAGAGGGACAGGACUGACACAUGGGUACACGAGAGGAAACAUUACUCCCGACAGUUGGACAAGUUUGAUUUGGAUGAACGGCUUGAAGGAGGCAGAGGACACAGAGAAAAAUACUUAAGGACUGGUUCCCCUGGCUCCCUUUACCCUUUGUCUGGCUACAAGAACAGGGAAGAUGACUAUUACCGAAAAUCCUCGAAGUCAAAAUCUGACAAGUUUCAGAGGCAGCUGCAGGAUUUACCUGGAAGAUCUAAGAGAAAGGAAGAGGCAAAGUUAAGGGAGCACAGGCAUUCUUACAGCGAGGACACUGCCAGGGAGGAGGAGGCUGAACAGAAGCACAGCAAAGCAUCUGAGGGCUCCAGGCAAAAACAAAGUGAUAAGAAUAAGGUGAAGAAAGCGGAAAAAGACCAAGAAGAAGAUGCCACUGCUGAAGACAGUGAUGUGAAGGAAACCAAAACUCCUGAGAAUGAGCUUGAAAAAGAGGAGCAAGUUCCAGAGAAGAGCUCACCUUCAGAUAAUAAACAAGGAAGAGAAUCCGGAGAGAUUCUGGAAAACACAAAAAAAGAGAAGGACCGGGACUGGGAGAGUGGAAGUGAAAUAGAAGGUGAGACCUGGUAUCCUGCUAACAUGGAGGAAUUAGUGACAGUAGAUGAAGUGGGAGAAGAUGAUCUAAUUAUGGAGCCUGAUAUAACUGAGCUUGAAGAAAUAGUACCAGUUGAUCAGAAAAAUAAAGCUGCUUCAGAAAUGUGUCCCUGUGUGUCAACUGUGUUAGAACUGAAAAACGAUCACAGCCACUUAACCAGGAGUGAAGACAAAUUUGCCCAUAAAGCUUUGGAAACAAACUUCAAAACAGCAAAGGGCAGUGCAGCUUCUAGCGGCUGUCAGGAUGGUGAUGAGGAUGAUGAUAAUGAUGAUGCCGUAACUGAAGCAUCAAGCCUAAUUCUGGACCUUGAACAGAAGCCAGAGGAAUUGAAAGAAGACCAAUCUGCUGAGGAGUCUGAUCUCCAGCAGAAGGAAGGAAAAAUUGAUAAGAGCUCUGACACUCGUUCAGAGCCUGAAGAUCACCAUAUACCUUCUGUUCAUCUGAAAGAAGAGACUCUCCAGCUCCCUGAUACAUUUAUAGAUGAUUACAAACAGAUGGGAUCACAAGGAGCUGAGAGCAGAGAAGUUACGGAAAUGCUCGUUAAAAACGCUAGUGAAGAAACAAGACACGGAAGCCAAGAGUGUCCAGAGGCCAAGGCAAAUUCUAGGUACCUGGAAAUGAGAUCCCUGGAAUACCCGGAGGUAGAGCCUAAGCAAAGACACUCUCCCCCAGGCUGGGAACAAGAGGAUGUCUUCACCGAGCUCAGCAUUCCCCUGGGUGUGGAAUUUGUGGUGCCUAGAACUGGGUUCUACUGCAAGCUCUGCGGACUCUUCUACACCAAUGAAGAGACAGCAAAGACAAGUCACUGCAGGAGUACUGUUCACUACAAAAAUCUUCAGAAGUAUCUAUCCCAGCUUGCAGAAGAGAGCCUGAAAAUGAAGGAAGAAGGCAGCCAUCUGCCUCAGGAUGACACUGGCAUUGUUCCUCACUUUGCGAAGAAAAAGCUAUGA